AGGAAUCGGUCGAAGGAGUGGUGGUGCACAUAUAGAGGGGCGAGAGGGCGCGGCUUGUCCAGACGCAAUCUGUCCCGCCGACGACGAUCAUGUCGCCGAAGUUGAUAUUUCUCUUUGGAUUCAUCUGUCUACUUGCCGUGACAGUAAGGGCUCAGGAUGAUGAUGGGGGCGAAGGUGGAGAAGCAUCAGCAGAAGAACUUUGUCAUGACAGGCCAGGGGAUGAAUACUUUCGGCUAAGCACAGAUGGAGAUUGUCGAGAUGUUGUGAGGUGCGACAAAGCAUCUGAGAUUGGAAUAACGAGGCUGGCCACAGUGAAGUGUCCAACUGGUCUUGCUUUUGAUAUUGACAGGCAGACUUGUGACUGGAAGACCAACGUCAAGAACUGCGAUCAACUUGAAAAGCCUAGAAAAGUUCUACCAAAAUUCAAAACAGACGAGCCUGUUUGUCCUGAUGGAAAAUUAUCCUGCGGCAAUGGUGAAUGUGUCGAUAAAGAAUUAUUCUGUAAUGGAAAACCCGAUUGCAAAGAUGAAUCAGACGAAAAUGCCUGCACUGUGGAAACUGAUCCAAACAGAGCCCCCGAUUGUGAUCCAACACAAUGUAUUUUGCCGGAUUGUUAUUGUUCAGCAGACGGAACACGAAUUCCUGGGAAUAUUGAACCAUCUCAAGUGCCACAAAUGAUAACAAUUACAUUUAACGGAGCAGUAAAUGUGGAUAACAUUGACUUGUAUGAGGAGAUAUUCAAUGGACAACGAGCAAAUCCAAAUGGUUGUCAAAUUCGUGGCACUUUCUUUGUUUCUCACAAAUAUACAAAUUAUUCAGCCGUACAAGAUCUUCAUCGUAAAGGACAUGAAAUUUCUGUUUUUUCAUUAACACACAAAGAUGAUCCACAAUAUUGGAGUCAUGGAAGUUAUGACGAUUGGCUCGCAGAAAUGGCUGGAGCCAGAUUAAUUGUUGAACGUUUCGCCAAUAUUACCGAUGGAUCCAUUGUUGGAUUGAGAGCACCUUACCUGAGGGUGGGAGGUAACAAGCAAUUUGAAAUGAUGGCUGAUCAACUUUUCGUCUAUGACGCUUCCAUAACAGCUUCACUUGGUCGUGUGCCCAUUUGGCCGUAUACACUUUACUUCCGUAUGCCUCAUAAAUGUAACGGAAACAGCGGAAACUGUCCCUCGAGAUCACAUCCGGUGUGGGAAAUGGUUAUGAAUGAAUUGGAUCGACGUGACGAUCCAACAUUCGAUGAAUCCCUCCCUGGUUGUCAUAUGGUGGAUUCUUGUUCCAACAUUCAAACUGGAGAACAAUUUGCAAGACUGCUUAGACAUAAUGCCUUCCGUCAUAUUAAUUCAAAUAGAGCACCAUUGGGAUUCCAUUUCCAUGCUUCCUGGCUCAAGAGCAAAAAGGAAUUCAAGGAGGAACUCAUUAAAUUCAUCGAAGAAAUGUUGGGCAGAAAUGAUGUCUAUUUCGUCACCAUGGUCCAGGUGAUAAAAUGGAUGCAGACGCCGACGGAAUUAUCGGCAAUUCGUGAUUUCCAAGAAUGGAAAGAAACUUGUGAUGAAAAGGGACAACCGUACUGUUCCCUGCCAAAUGCAUGCCCCUUAACAACUAGAGAAUUACCUGGUGAGACCCUUCGUCUUUUCACCUGUAUGGAGUGUCCCAAUAACUAUCCCUGGCUGCUGGAUCCAACCGGCGAUGGUUUCUCCGUGAAGAAAUGAGUUUGGAGGCAAUAGACUACGAUCGAUCGAUCGUGCAAAAGCCUUUUUUUCUCUUUCACAUUUUCAAGCACACAGCCUCAGCGUCAGUGAUGUCCUUACUAAAUAUUAAACUCGAAUAAUAAAUUUGUUUUUAUUUUCCUCCAGAGAGGCACAUGGAAACUUUGAAAUAGAUUCCAUUUUUUUUUUUUCUAAUUUUAUCAUUCGAAACGAAAAUAAAUUUAGCAAUAAAAAAGUAAAACUCAUCAGAAAAAAAAUUCCUAGUUACAGAAACUAAUUUUUAAUUACAUUCAUGUUUUUUUUUUCUUUUAAUUUAGUUUCCGUUAUUAAAGUGGAAAUUUUUCCAUCACCGAAGUAAUAUGAAAAAGAAAUUAAAUUUAAAAACUUUUUUUGAUUUUAUUUUCGAAAAAUAUUUGAUGUUAAGGACAAUAUUUCCGAAAAAUAAGGAAAAAUAAAAUUUGCCUCAAAAAAAAAAAAAAAAAUUGUAAAUCGCUAUAUUAUAACGACUUUACAAGAUUUCAAUCUAGUUUUUUUUAUAUAUAUACAUACAAUAAUUAGUACCGAAAAAAAGUGAAUUUUGUAUUUUUGAUAAAAUCACACACAAACAUUUUGUGCAUAUUCCAAAUAUGAACUUUAAAAAAUUUUCUUAUGAAAAUAUUAUUUUUCGAGAAAUCUCAAAGACUCGUUUUCCUCCUGAAGAACUAAAUAAUAAUUUGUUUUGAAAAUAGAAAUGAAAAAAAAAAUCCGAUAGUUAUUAAACAAACUAUUGAGAUUAUCGAAGUUUUUUUUAAUAUUCAUGAAAUAAAAAGAGACAAUGUUUUUUUUUUUUUAAGUCGCAGGAGGAUAUUAUAAUGUUAAGUUGAUAUGUUAGUAUAUCUUGUGUGAGUGAAUGAAUGAAGUUAAGAUACAAUGUCCUAAGAUGUGUUGAAUUUUUUAAAUCCGGACAAAAUGAAAAUAAACAAGAUAUUUAUUUA